CGAGAGGUCCCGGGUUCAAAUCCCGGACGAGCCCAUCUUUUGGUUUAGUUUUGCAAAUUUUAAAGCAUGUUCAGAUAAAUCACAUUAAUCUCAGUCUGUCUCACCGUUACAACUAUCAUUAUUUACCCGGCAACAUUGUAUCUAGAUCACUUAAGAUAAUUUAUUCAUUGUUACGUUUCUUUUUGAAGGUGCAAAAAUCGUGAUUUGCCUUCCAAAAUCCCUGACUCGUUUCGUCAACUGUAAUCUUAAAACAAAGACUCGAUUUCCCAUCAUGCAGCUGUCUUUCGCGCUUGCGCACGACUGGCCGCUUUCCCCACUGAAGUGAGACAGUUUUUGUGAGUUAGUCAAUUUAUUGUGCAGGGAAGUCCUUACCUUUGCUAAUAUUUCAUUCAUUUGAAUUUAGAAUUGUGAAGAAAUUGUUGCUAAAUUAAUGUAAUGUGGUCCUAAUUUAUCUCGUAAUGUAUUUCACCCGACGAUUGAUACUAAAGAACUACAAUUCCCAUUUGGCAUUUCCCUUUCGCACAUGCGCACAAGUGCCACGUUCGCCCCAGUUUGAGCGUCAGUGCCAUGACAACAAGACGAUGACUUGAAGAGGGUAAAUGUGAUUUUUGAUACCGUGGGGAUUAAUAAACCUGCGGGCUUGUCGGACGCAUCAGUGAAGAAAAGCAGAUGUCUCUGUUCAAGGCACGGGACUGGUGGUCGGCAGCCCUCGGCGAAGGCGAGGAGUUUGACCAGGGGUGCAUGUGCGUUGGAAAUGUGGACAACAGCGCCAUGGGACAUGACAAAGUGGUGGUGGGAAGCUACAUGGGCAUGCUGCGCAUCUUCUCCCCUCACGCUGCCAAAGCCAACGAAGCGGGCCAAGGCGCGGCCGAGGCACAGCUCCUGGAAGUCCACCUCCAGAACGCCAUCAUCCAGGUGGAGCUGGGGAAGUUUGUCUCGUGUUCAGAUCUUCUCCACCUGGCUGUUCUUCACCCCAGGAAGCUGUCCGUCUACUCCGUUCUGGGCACAGCGGGCAACGUGGAACAUGGCGACCAGUACCAGAUCAAACUGGUCUACGAGCACAACCUGCAGAGGACCGCCUGUAACAUGACAUACGGAACAUUUGGAGGGGUCACGGGUCACCACUCGCUUUGCAUCCAAUCCAUGGACGGCAUGCUGAUGUUCUUCGAGCAGGACAGCUACUCCUUCGGAAGGUUCCUGCCGGGUUUCCUGCUUCCCGGCCCGUUGGCCUACAACUCGCGGACGGAUAGUUUCCUCACCGUGUCCUCGGCCCGCCAGCUGGAGAGCUACAAGUAUGAGACUCUGGCUGUGGCCACGGAGGCUGAAAGCCGCCAGGACCCCGACCAACCCCUCAAGACGGGUGGCAAGAGACUGACCCCCGACUGGAUAUUGGUUCUGGGCGAGCAGGCCCUGGACAUCUCUGUCCCCUCCUUCUCCCACUCUUCGUCCUCCAUCUUCGUCCUUGGCGAUCGUAACCUCUACUGCCUGCGUGACAACGGACAGAUCUACUUCAUGAAGAAGUUGGAGUUCAACCCCAGCUGCUUCCUGCCGUACACCUCGCUGACCGAUGGCACCACCAACCUGUUGCUAGGCAACCACACCAACAUGCUGCUGGUGUACCAGGACGUCACGCUAAAGUGGGCUGCCCAGCUCGCUUUCGUGCCCGUGGCGCUUCGCGUCGCCAACUUCCCGGAUCUGAAGGGCGCCGUGGUGAGCCUGAGCUGGGACGGCCACCUGCUGUGCUCCUACAUGGGCACCGACCCGUCCUUCUUCUCCACGCCCAAGGUGGACGCCCGUGAGGUGGACUACGAGCAGGCUGACGCCGAGCUGAAGAGGCUGCACAAGUUCAUCAGAGAGGCCAGCAGGACUCAAGACAUUCUGCCUAAAGGUGAAAGUGAGGAGGAUUUGACGGUAACGGCAUGCGUGUCUCCUGACAUGGACAUCCCGUCGCAAGCUCUGAUCCAAGACAUGGACGGCUUCCCUGUCCCUUCUGUGACCGUGAAGGUGACAGUGAAGGCCAGCAGCGCGUUGGCCUCGUCCAAGCUGACCGUUGGCGUUCAGCCUCCGCUUGCCGUCACCCAGGACCAGUUUGUCUUCGAACCUUUAGGAGUUGGUUUGUCCACUGAGGUUGUCUUUUCAGCUUUCCUCAAUGGCCGCUACCCACCAGCCGACCUGAACGGCGACAUCACCCUGUCCUACAGCUCGCCCACAGAGUUCAACCCCAAAGGAGUCCCUCACGUGAUUCAGUGCCAGUUCAAGCUUCCUCUUGCCCUCGUCUGCACGGCAACGUCUCCCAGCAAGAGCAGCAGCAGCAGCAGCAUCUUCAAGAUCACUGUGGACACCAACCAGCCACCUGUGGACCUGGCAGCCAUUUUUCCUGAAAUUGCGGCUCAGUCGGCAGAUAAUGAGGGAAACAGUUUGGCUUUCCGCUUCUUGCCGGGCGGCCUGGUGACCGUGCUUGCCUCCAAGACCUCCCAGCGCUAUCGCAUCCAGAGCGACGCCUUCGAGGACAUGUGGCUGGUGGCCAACGAGCUGGUUCACAGAGUCGACGUUCAUUUUGCCAAGCAGGGAGUCGACGACUUCAAGAAGAGCUUCAGCGGACCGCUGCCCCUCAAGGACUACUUCCUGUCUGUUGACCACCACUUCCAGCUACGCGUCAGCGCUCAGAAGUACCAGGACCUCCUGUCCGAGCGAGCGGCCCAGUUCCGAGCCAUCCAGCGCCGCCUUCUGACCCGCUUUAAAGACAAAACACCAGCACCUCUGCAGAACCUCGACACACUGCUUGACGCCACAUACACACAGGUGAUGUCUCUGGCGGAGGCGGCGGAGGAGAACGCGUGUCAGCUGGAGGAGGCCUUCGUGCGUUUGCGGAGCUCCACGCAGCUACUGGUGCUGCUGCUGUCACUGUGGCAGGGCCUUACCCCCGAGCAGACCAACAUCUUGGAGGCCACCAUGCUGCCGCUGCUGCACGACACGCCACAAUUGGGCUGGGAGGAGAGCUGCGACGCGGCCGUGUCUCACCUCCUGAGGACGUGUCUGUCUCGCAGCCCCAAGGACCAGGCCACCACGCUGGCCCAGGCCGGGGGUCCCAUGCUGGGCCUGCCCCGAGACACGGCCCGCCUCAAGAAGCACAUCACGCUGUUGUGUGAGCGUCUGGCUAAAGGGGGACGCCUCUCACUGGCCUCCGAGGCCAACGCCCCGGUACCCGCCCAGGUCCAGAACCUGGCGGGCCCCGGCGGCGUGGAGCCCAUCGCAGAGCUGGCGGGAGAUGAGACGGAAGAGCCUCAGGACGCCACCAAGUUCAUCAAGAAGAAACAACCUUCAAAAAAAACCAAGAAAGAUAAAGACAAAAAAGUCUCCAGUGAGCCAUCAGAGGGCGCCGUGAGAGAAGAGACAUCGGCGUCGGGCGAGGUGAAGAAGAAGGAGUCGUCCAAGGAGAAGAAGGACACCAGGAAGGAGUCCGGCAAGGAGGCUAAGGAGGAGGCCAAGGAAGCUAAGAAGGAGUCGUCGUCGUCUUCCAAGGAGAAGAAGGAGCGAGACAAGGAGGCAGGGGAUAGGAAAGUUUCCAAAAAGGCGUCUGUGGGCAAAGUCAAAGAAAAGAAGAAGAAUCCUGAGGCUGGAGAGGCUUGAGCACGAGGUUCCAACUCUGAUCGCCUCGGUGAGGUAGGCACGCUAACCACUAGCCGCCCCGCGUGCUGCUCAUUGAAAACUGAAUACAUUCACCAUUGAUGGGCAGUUUAAAUGGUGGAUGGGGGCACAAUAUUUCAUCAGCACCACUGGGGGGCCACAUAGGACCAAGCACUUCUUAACCAGGUUUUGGACAAAAAUGUUAAAUAUGGACAAAAUACAUGCAUAUGUCUGUUUUUUUUUUUUUCAUCAAACCAAAGCACAUCGUAGUAUGUCAUUUCAUUUUUCAUGAUACAUUUCUCAAAGCAUGUAUAAAGAGACCCAGACGUGAACAACAAAGGGUUUGAAC